AGGGACCCAAACAUGGUUGUCGACAGGUUUUUAAGACCGGAACCGGAGUUAAUCACCCCUCGUGAUUACAAAAGCCAAACGAUGCAACGGCUAAGAGAAGGUUUUGCGCUAGCCAGAGAAAACCUAUUGGAAGCUAGAAGGCAGCAAAAGAUCCAGUAUGAUAAGAGAGCCAAGGAAGAGAACUUUCAAGUAGGUGAUCGCGUCCUCCUGGACGUAAGGGUCACUCAAUUAGGAACGAGCAAAAAAUUAAACCCUCGAUAUCAAGGCCCCUUUCGAGUUUCAAAAGUCUUCCCUAACCAUACGGUGGAAAUCCGUACGUACAAUGGAAAUGGUAUCCAGCUUACGCACGUCAACCGCCUGAAGGCGUUGACAGAGUGCAUGAUUUGGAGAGAUGAGGAAUGCGUCGAUUUCGACGAUUUACGAGAGUCUAAGCUAAGAGCCACCAGGCUAAGAGAAGAGGACUCCGACAACGAAGAGGAUCUUGCCGACGUAGAAGCAAGAGAUGAAGUCAAUACCCCGGAUCACGAAGGUGACAGGGAACUGAUUGAAUUGGACGCUGUCGCGCCGAAUGACGUCAGAGACGCCCACUUAAUUGAUUUCGACCCUCUCACCCACUUGAACCAGGCGGCUACAAAAGAACCCAUCGGAUACCAGAUCGAACCAAAUCUGGGUCAUGAGCCAAGUCGAGUUGACUGGUCAAACCUCCCCCCUCCGCUAACCCCCCUUAGAGUACCUCCAGCACCCCUGGAAGGAAGUAACACAAUUGUACGCCCAAAAAGAGCUACUCGUCCUCCGGACAGGUUCCGAGACUUCCUAUUAGAUUAG